AACGCUUCCUUCCAGUUCCGUAGAUUCAAAGAAAAUCUCGUUUUAAUGUGUACCUUGCGUGUUGGAAGACGUUGGUUUCACUUUCUGUACGACGGUACGAGGACUUAUAGUUUCAGUAAAGAACAAAAAAGAAAUUUGUUUGCGAGACAUCCUACUGGAAGCGAUAUUGGUGUGUCGCCGUACGGUUCCUGAUAAUUAUUGCCUUCCGUGCAUUUCAGUCUGGCAAAUGUGAAGUCUGAACGUUUUGGCUAUUGCGUUAUUAUCCAGGGGAUCUUGUUGAACGGGACAGAAAGACCCCCUGUUAUGCCAAGGGUGCCCGGUUUUAAACUUAGUCACCGUGUGAGAAGCUUCUGGGAGUACUUUUGGACUCCCAUGCUGGAACCACCCUAGCAUCGAUAAAGCACAGAGGUUCGCGGAUGUCGACGACGGUUGUUAUUCCACCAGAUCGACCGUUGGACGCUGUCGGACCUCAGUCCGAACGUGAAUACCGUCCACGCAGCAGGAAAUUCGAAAAAACCAUCCUUGAAAAUGGACCAAAUGAACAUCUGGAUUGCUGGGGAUAUCAGUCAACGGUUGUGCGCUCCAUCUUGUACCAUUGUGUCGGCCUCAUGACAGCGGGAAUUGGCUACUUGAUUUUUUCCUGGUUUCCAACAUGGCGACUGACUAUUUUUAAAUCUCCAUCAUCGCUUCAGGAUGCUGAUAUCGUGCUGAUUAAAGAUCCACACAAUGCUUAUUACGCGUAUAACAUCUUCUACAAGAUUAUUACCAGUAACAUCAAAUGGAUUUCCCCUGAGCUGGCUGAAUUCGGUAUGCUGACAGCAGAUGUACAUGCGAAGAAAUAUGGGACAUCAGCUAAAAAAUUAAGCUUGGAGCUGCUGACGUUUAAAGAAGACCUGAAAUCUAGCCAAGUUUCUAAAGAUACCAGUGUGGAAAAUUGUUCACAACCACCUAAAAUUUGUUCCAUAAGAUAUUUUGACCAUCAGCAUGACCGUUUCUUGUGGUGUCCGCAACAAGAAAUCUUUAAGCGUAUAUCUGGUGUGGCAGCAAACUUGCAUUGUCGAGACAUUUAUGGCCGAUCUGUUGGAAUUUCUGACGAAGCCAGACAGCAGAAGUUGUCUGCGUUUGGUCCUAAUGUUAUUGACAUCGAGGUGAAAUCGGUUUUCCGGCUACUGAUAGAAGAGGUCUUGAACCCAUUUUACUGCUUUCAAGUGUUCUGCAUUAUUUUGUGGUGCUUGGACGAUUAUUAUAUUUACGCGUCAUGUGUCUUGGCUGUAUCGAUUUUCGGGAUCAGUCUGAAUUUGUACGAAACGCGGAAGCAACGCUAUCGACUUCGGGAGAUGGUAUUAAAAUCUUCGACAAAGCAGAAGUUUAUGGUCUUAAGAAUGGAUGGUGAAUUUGCUGAGCGGGAUCCUGACCUUUUGGUACCCGGUGAUGUCAUAGCCAUUCCGCAACAUGGUUGUACGGUUCCCUGUGAUGCUAUAUUGAUUGCCGGCAAUUGCAUCGUGAAUGAAGGAGUUUUAACUGGUGAAAGCGCUCCGGUGACCAAAGUUGCACUGAACAGCCAAGAUGCGGAAGUGUUUUCGUUUGAGGAGCAUAAACGCCACGUCCUGUUCCAUGGCACAUCAGUUAUUCAGACACGCUAUUAUGAGGGAGCACGAGCGCUGGCGGUGGUUUGCCAGACGGGGUUCUAUACUGUCAAGGGAGAUCUGGUGCGGUCAAUUUUAUUUCCUCGACUCAUUGGCUUUAAAUUCUAUCGUGAUGCGCUGCGUCUGGUUGGUGUCAUGGCUGGCAUUGCUGGUAUUGGGAUGAUUUACUCCAUUUAUAACAACAUUGAAAGAGAGCGAAUGUUUCCUGACCCUGAUGGAGAUGGUGGGUUUGAUUUUAAGAAAAUCAUUGUGCGCGCAUUGGAUCUAAUUACGAUCGUGGUACCGCCCGCUCUUCCAGCCGCUCUUACUGUGGGCAUUGUGUAUUCGCAACGGCGGCUGAAAAAGUCCGGAAUUUUUUGCAUCAGCCCAUCUCGGAUCAAUGCUUGCGGCAAGAUCAAGCUGGUCUGCUUUGAUAAGACUGGAACAUUAACGGAGGAAGGGCUAGACCUAAUGGGUGUUAUACCAACCGUGGAUGGUACGCUGACCAGCAUUGCUGAGGAUGUUGAACAGCUGAGUCCGGCAGAUUUGAUUGUUGUCGGAAUGGCUACCUGCCAUUCAUUAACGAUGAUUGAUGGAAAAUUGAGCGGAGACCCUCUGGAUGUUAAGUUAUUUGAAGCAACGAAAUGGAGCUUCAAUGAACCUCAACAAAGGGAGGAGGGUGUGGGCGCUUUUAAUACCCUAUUUCCUGUAACUGUCUCGCCUCCAUCACCGGUGGACAGGACACCUAUUGAGUCUCCAGAGCGUCACAUUGGCAUUGUCCAUCAGUUUCCUUUUUCCUCGGGAUUGCAACGAAUGUCUGUUAUUACACGAGAUCCCAACGAAGACCAUUUUCGGUUGUAUGUGAAAGGAGCUCCGGAAAAAAUUGUGGCUUUAUCUAAACCAACAACUAUUCCGGCGAAUUUUCACAAGGUUUUACACUUUUAUGCGCAUCAAGGGUACAGAGUGAUCGCCAUGGGCUACCGAGAUCUGGAUUAUAGACUGGCGUACCAUCAACUCUCUCGUUUAAAAAGAGAAACAGUAGAAACCGAAAUCAAUUUUGUUGGGCUGUUGGUAAUGCAGAACAGUCUGAAAGAUGAAACUGUGGAUGUGAUAUCUGAACUGAAUGCUGCUAAUAUUCAGACGGUGAUGGUAACAGGUGAUAAUCUGAUGACUGCUGUGAGUGUUGCACGCAAAUGUGGAAUGGUAGGAGAAGAAGAAAAUAUUGUGAUGGUGGAUGUGAUGUCACCGGAUGAAAUAACCGGUGCGCGUGCACAUAUCCUCUGGCGUUAUGCCGAUUCCGCGUAUUCAGCAUCCGAAGCUGGAUCUUUUGCCGAUGCUGAUAGCGAUACGGGAAGUGCGCCAUCAAGGGCAGUUUCGGCACAUGAAUUCUGUAUCGCCAUGAAACACCCGCAGUACCACUUUGCCAUGAAUGGUCGCUCUUUUUCUGCGUUAGUGGAAAACUUCCCCGAAUUGGUUCCUAAGAUACUAGUUCAAGGAGCGGUUUUUGCACGGUUUUCUCCCGAUCAGAAAACAGAAUUAGUGGAGAAAUACAUUGACUUGGACUACAUUACGGCUAUGGUGGGAGAUGGCGCAAAUGACUGCGGCGCUCUGAAAGCUGCGCAUGCUGGAAUCUCGCUAUCGGAAGCUGAAGCUUCGGUUGCUUCGCCAUUUACGUCCAAUAAGAAUACUAUUGAAUGUGUGCCAUGUGUCAUCAAGGAAGGUCGUUGUGCCUUGGUUACAUCCUUUGGAGUCUUCAAGUAUAUGGCUUUAUACAGUAUUGUUCAGUUUGUGGCCACUUUGAUUGCCUAUCAGAAAGGAACCAUUCUUGCGGAUCCACAUUUUCUUUAUUUGGAUCUGUUCAUUACUACUACAGUGGCCAUUCUAAUGGGAUACACUCAACCGUUUCCUAAUUUGAUCCGUCAACGUCCGUCAGCCAGUUUAAUGUCGCCGAACACGAUUGCUUCCAUUCUGAUGCACAUGGUCAUCGUUGUGGGCUUCCAAGCCGUGACUAUCGUCAGUCUGGAAAAUCAGCCUUGGUUUGAAUUGGCUAAUAAUGGAACAGAAACGGAAGAAAUCAAAAUGUGCUGGGAAACGACGGUAUUGGUGAUUGUGGCGGCGUUCCAGGAUCUCAUAUUGGCCUUUGUGUUUUCUAAAGGCCCACCCUAUCGGCAGCCGAUUUAUACAAAUGUGUAUUUCCUUUGUGCGUUGGUGUUUUUGGCCGGCGUGACAACCGUUCUUCUAAUGUAUGUUCCUGGAUGGUUGCAAUGGUUCCUUCAGGUGGUUUAUGAUUUUAAUAAUCCGCACACGUUUUAUCGGCUGUUUCUUUUGGGAUUGAUGGCUACGAAUUUCGUUACUGCGUUUGUUCUCGAAGAAUUUAUGAUUGACCGCACAUGGUUCAAACGGGUGAUUAGAGCGCUGCGGAGGAAAAAGGCAUCUAAAAGUCGAUUUAAAUUGGUCCGCCGAGAAUUGCUAAAGAAGCCAAACUGGCCUCCAGUGGGAGAAACCACUUAUACCAAAGUGAAUGAUGAUUCGGCAUCGCUUUCUUCAUCGGAUGCGGAGCCGAAAUCAACCCGUUUAUAGUUGUAAUAGUCAAUUGUGUGAUGUGCCGUUUGAACAGUUUUUCGAUCUGCAAGGAUGCCUUGUUGGGGGGAUGUAAUAUUUAAUUCUGAGUAAUAGUGUCUUUUUACCAGCGUGAUUUGGAAGUAUUUGGUGCCUUCGGACCUGGUUUUCUUAUUUGUGUUUUUUUUUAAAUUUUUAUGAGAUGACACAAGUAAUGUAAUGAUAAUGAAGGUUUGUUCACUG